GUCGCUAUGCCCUACGAAGGCUUCUUAGGCUCUGAAGGCUCUCGUUUCUAUGGGCAGCAUACUAAUGAUAUCCACUAUUACAAUUACCUUCCUCCCGGUUUAGAUCCGAAAGUCAGACAACGCGCCUCGGCAAUCGCUCAAGGUCUCACCUUCAUCAGCGCGGAGCGACGUGUCGCGGUCCAUUUGAAGGCGAACGGCUGGCCGAUACAUGAAGUUUGGGUCCCCAGUUACCACCACUUCUGGUUUGUUCGCGUCUUAAUCAGGGGCCCAUCCCAACCUGGUUGGUUCCCUCCGUGGCCACAACCCGUUGAAGAACAGGCCGCGUGGGCAUGGGUAGGAGGCCAGUGGCGGCCUGGACAUCCUAUUAGAUGGUUCUACGAGAGCAUCGAAUGGCAGAUGGAUGUGGAUGGUGUUCCGAUCCCGCUCUUCUAUCACGAGCACGAAAGGCGUGAAAGGGGUGAACAUUACAUCACACUGCGCGUCGAGGAAGAGGGGAAAUCCUGUGAGAUUGAGAACCUCUGCUUUGGGACACAGCUUCAAAUAUAUCGUCGUGCAGAGAACGACUAAUCGGCGCAGUAGCCUCCACUUGGUCUUCUUCAAUCCGCAUGGGGCUCCAUCCUUGCAUUCAUUUCACCACAAUAUGCUGGGUAUCUAUUUACAUGAGCAUUUGCGGUAGUACCCGAGACAUUUGCUGGCUUUUCUGUACUGUCUAGAGAAAUGAGUGUCACCGACGUCGAGUUUCCUAGACAGAGGAUAGAACGUUAAGCCAGAUAGCUGAUGAUGUUAGAUCAGGAUUGAGAUUAUAU